AUGACCACAGAGCCACAAGUGUCUGGGGUUUUUUUUCGGUGAGGGGGGUUGGUCAUUAGGUUAUUGGUUUUGUGUAGCUUGAUGGCCCAGAUAGAGAUUGCUGGAGAGACAGGCAGGGAUUAAUGGAGAGGUGGUUCAAGGAUAAAGUUGUAUGUGCCCCAUGAUUUGCCUUGUACCUCCUCCUAAGCUCUCCUGCUGCCUUACAUAAUUAAUAAGCCUCAUGAAGGUUCAACUGGCAGUAUAGUUGGCUUCUGUAAAUGGGAUUGGAAUGGGGCACCAUCUUGUCCUUCAUCCCAGUCCUCAAAAUGCCUCGAGUCAGCUUUUUAAGGAAAUUCAAAAUAUCUGAACAGCCACAUCAAAUAAAUAGUUGACACAGAAACUAAGCUCUUUUUGGCCAUUUUGAGCACUGAUAUGACCCCAGUGAUGCCGGUCACCAUUUACAUAUAUCACUGAAGAAAAAGGUGUUGAGAAAAGAAUAACAGAAUGUUCUUUCUGGCAUGGAGUUAGGCGGGGUUGGUUGACUGCCAUCCAUCUGUCUCGGGAGACAGUGGAGGAAUGAGCCUUUGGGGAUGAAGUCAAACUCUUGGAGGGUUGCAGAGCCUGCUGUGGCUGUAGAUAUGUUUUGUUGCAGAUAGGGCAGAUGAAGGCGUCCAGCUGUGCUGCUACAGGUGCACCAUGUGUUGGCUUUUUGCAGUAUGGUAGCGCUGCAGAGAGCUUGCUGGGGAGACCAUGCAUUAAAAAGGGACUCAAAAAUAACUUAAACAAGGUUUUAAUUACAAAAACAAAAACUCCAUUUACACUAAAUACAUCAACAACAAAGCAGACCCAACCACCAACCCAUCCCCCAGGGGUAAUGGGAGAGCUAGGUGCUGCUCCUUAUAUACUACACCCAAUUGCUGACACAGCUUAAUCAAUACAACUCAGCAGCACCUGCUAUCUUCCACAGCUGUAAAGCUGGGUCUCGUUAUUUUGCUCUGGCCCUUGCUCUGGCCCCUUAAAGACAUACACAUCGGGUGGAACAAUGAUGAACCUUUACAUUUAAAGAAACCAUUCAACACCAUGGUGUUGCUUCUUUCUGCGCUCCUCUCAGUGGUCAUUCUUCCUCUGGUCACUGCUGUGGAUACACAACUGUGGAUACACAACCUGUCUGUCUGUUUGUCUCCAGGCACUGUGGUUAUCCGUAGGGGAUUCCUGCACCGCAGGGUUGAUGUUGCCAGCCUUCAUGUCACCUUUGUAACGCAGAGGUGGUCUGCCAACAAAACCAUUGUGAAAGAUGUGGGCAGCUCCUAAGUAACAAUGCUUCUCCAAAACCAAUUCAGUUUGAACUUCUAACCCUCAUAUAAAAAGGCUUUUAUCAUAGAAGGCUUUUUUAAGCCAGUCAAUCCCCGUAGAAUAAUAACAUUAAUAAAUUCCUCGGAUCAAAGAAACGAAACAAGGUCAGAGCCUUUUCAGAAUAUGUGUAAGAUUUAGAAAGGCAGAUAGACAGGAUAUUCUGUCUACCAUUCAGAUCUUUCCCACCCCCCACCCCCGAUUUAUUUUUGUACCUCCUUAUGUGAUGCUUGUGCUAUAGGUAACUAGACAAAAGAGGCCAAGCUUGUGCGCACAUGCACAUAUGCUUGCUUGCGCAGACAGAAGACUGUCUGCGCAGAUCAUCUUCCAAAUCUUUACUCAUAAAUGUCCCUCCCUGCUGUAAAUAGAAAGGCAAACUCCCCCCACAGGGAGCCCAGACAAGGGCCAAACUAGACAGUCCCUUAAACGUCUGUAUGCCUUUUAGCAUGUUUUGUCUUACUUUCUUUAUUAAUCACCUUUAACAUUUAUUAAAAUAAGUUCUCUAGAUGUUGUACCAACAAAAACAUAACAAUAAAAUGAGUUAGCAAGAAAAAUCCUUUUGGAUACUAUUAAAAGAAAAGGUUUAAGCAACUGAAAUCCAUUAACAUCAGGAAAUCCUACAUUCUGGCUCUUAGAUGUUGAAGUUGGCAGCUGUCAUUGCAGCCCCUCCUUGCUAAGGCAUUGUUAUGAACGUGCCAUUGGUUUGAAAGUCUGUGUUGCCUUAUUGGUAGAACCAGAUAGCUACGUUUCAGUUUUCCAACGAAGUCCUAAAUAUCAGAGAAAAAACUUGUAAAAACAACAACAACAGUUAUUCAUCUUCCAUUGAUUUUUAGUAUUCAAGGCAGAAGAGUCUUCUCAUACUUCAUUCUAGCACACCAAACUUACCAUCCAUACGUCAGUUGUCUAAUGUUUUUUGUUUAAUGUUUUUAAUUUGCAAGGGCUGUUUGUUCGUUUGUGUGUGUGUGUGUGUUUUUAAAAACCAGCACCAUGUUUAAUCUUUCUAAGGCGCUUACUAUCUUCAGGCACACUCCAGUUUUUGUAUUGUUGGAAAUUUUAAAAUCCAUAAAGCCACAGAAAAAAGCAAUGCCACUGCAACUUUAUAUAUGAAGAACUUUGGGUGCUUCCAGAUAGAGUCCAGAUUUUCUUAACAUCUUGUUGCCCUUGUCUACAUUGACUCCCCCCCCCCCCAAUUCUCAUCUCUUUCCUUAAUCACAAUAAAAAGCACCCCCACCCCCGCCGUUCUACUAAAAAUGCGAACAUUUCUUGCACACUGUAUACACAUUAUGAUGCACGUUAUUAUAUUAUAUGCAGUUUUCCUAAGCGCUCAAUACAAGUGGAACUAAUUUUUAUGGUUGAUCAGGGAUCUCAUAAUCCUGUUCACUGGUGUCCAUUGCCAUGCCAUUUCUACAUAUCAAAAAGAGAGCCACAAGUUUCUCACCUUGACUGACAGAUUAUACAUUCAAUAUUGCUGGAGAUUAUACAUUCAAUUUAUUUCUGCAGCAGUGGGAGGACUGGGGCAUCUGGAUGCUUUGCUUGCUCCCCUGGGUUGCUGUUUCUUGAGAUAGCUCAGGUCACUGGUUCCUUGAAUAUUAGAAUCAAUGCCUAUUGAAGACAUUGCUCUUUUAAUAUGAUUUUUCUAGUCUGAAUAUUUUCUGGAAUUUUUUAAAUAAGGUUUUUAUUGUUUUAACACUUGUUUCCCACCCUGGGCUGCUUUGGGAGCAAGGGAAAUGAGCAUUCUGUCUGUAUCAGAAUUUUAGCUUGCUGGAUGGAACGAUCUCCCCUCCCCUCCUUCUGACCACUGUUCUGGGAGUUAUCCUGACACACACACCCCAACCAAUUUUGGGGGGCAAAGCGGGGUAGCUGCAGGUGAGGCUCCUUAGGGGAAUCCUGUCCAUAGGCUUCAGUGGAUGUUCUGUUAGAAGCCCCUUGAUGAAGAAAGUGGGCCUGAUAUUCAGCAACAGCUGACCUAGCUUCCCAGUCUGACUUUUUUACUAUUCCCAUACAAUUAACUCUGUUAAAAUAUAAGCUAUCAGCUAAUUAUUGGUGCUAUCUUUCCCCCUUGCAGGUAUCUGAAUAAGAACAAAUAUCUGAGAGUUAUUGAUGAAGAUGCUUUUUUGGGUGUGCAGAGCGGUCCAAGCCUACUGUGAGUAAGAGCAAGGAGAGAUACCUUGAAAUUAUAGUAUUGUUAUUUAAUGGUACUCUAAGCAUCCUCUGAUGGUUGUUUCACAUAAUGUGUCUUUUGUGUCAAGGGCACUUCACAGCCAAAGGAACAAGCACAGCAGAUAGAUAACUCUUGAUUGUCAAAGAUAACACUCAACAAUCGCUUCUACAGCUCUGGAUACUCUUGCGCAACAAUCUAUUCCCAGGUCCGCACUCAAUGGAGCAGUUGCUGCACCAGGGGACUGCUUCUGCUCCACCAGUUUAUGUACUUGCUCCAACGAGCUUCGCGCAUGCAAGCAGAGGCUACGCCGGCAUAAGAGUUUCUUCUGCUCAUCCCUUUUCAAUCCCCUCCUGGUUCUGGGAGACAGUAGUGCAGGAGAAGGUUCGGAAGUAUCUGGCCCUUCACUUGCCUGACUUGCCUCUUUUCCUCUUAUUCCAACUCAUCCUGUGCUCCACCCUCCAUCUUUGACACUUCCCCUGCCUACGAUUCUUGCCUCCUGGCUGGUACAGUUCCCCACAAAUCACUGGUCUCAUCUCCCAUGUCAGACUUCAUCCCUCCUUCCCCUGGUGCGCACUCGUCAGCUUCCCAACAGUCCCUGACAUUUCGCUAUUGAUGAUAGUGCCAAACUCAUGAGCCAGCCUGUCUGUUCUAAUCUGAGGCUGUACUUUGUGCCCUACUGACACUGAAAGUUGAUUUAGCUGGAAUAUGGUACAGAACAUAGCCUUUUUGGUUUUGACCCUGCUUUGUAUAACUGCUUGCCUCGAAGCCUGGUUAUUUAUUAUUAUUAUUAUGCAUAUACUGCCCUAUACCCAUAGAUCUCGGCUGUUCACAACAUAAAAGCACAAUAUAAAAAACACAUAAUAAAAACAAGAACAGAGGCUACCCGAUCAUCCACCUUUCCACAACACAUCCCUCUGUUGGCUUUUUGAUGCUCCGUUAAGACUUUUCUUUUCACCAAACUUUUGUUCUGAUAGCGUUGUAUUCAGGUAAGCUCUACCUGUAGUGUUUUAUAUCCCGCCCCUCAAAAAAGAGGGGCUUGACCCCUUACAUGUAUUCCCAGUGUUCACACUCAAAUAAUCAGUGGGUUUCCAUCAUCCCUAACCAUUUGCCAACCUGAGUAGGGUUGAUGGGAGAUGGAGUCCAAAAAGCACACCCCUGUUACAGAAGAUGUGAAACCAGUGUUUGCCUUGAUAAGGGCAGACUUGCACACUUUGAGAGCUGCCUUCCAAACAGUUGUCCCAGAGGCUGUGUGUUAACGCAAGUUCAUGGGAACACAGGAAGUUGCCUUUUACCAAGUCAGACUGGUAUCCCACCAAGGUAAGUAUUGUCCGGCUGGCAGUAGCUAUCCAGGAUUUCAAACAGGGGACAUUCCCAGCCCUACCAGGAGGUGCUGGGAAUUUAACCUGGGAUCUCCUGCAUGCAAAACAGUUGCUCUGCUAGUGACCUGUGGGCCUUACGCCACCCCUCUUUCUGUAGCUGAGGCAAGUGCCAUUGAUUACGUUGCUGUGUUUUUCGGUCACUGUGCUCCAUCCUCAGAAAUAAGCAAGAAACACAGCAGAAGGGACAUAGUCAACAGUUCUCUUCCAGCCUCAGAGGAAUGAUUACGCAGUUGCUGCUCUUCGCAUAAUGAGAUCUUGGCUAGGAUUCAGAGGCCCAAUUGGCAUAAUCUACCAACUGUGUCAGCCAGCACAGCUGCCUAAGUUCCAAACAAAAGAGCUCAAGUUCUGGACAAGUUGAGCAAAAACAAAAUGAGGUUCAUGAUUUGAUCACCUUUUGUAGCAUGCACUGUUCCAAAUUCAACCGAAAUAUUAACUCUUUGGGCACAAGGGAAACAUUUCAUCCAAUGUUAAAAAUAAACGGAGAGAGUUUGGAGUUAGCAAUUUGCCAACUCCUGAGCCUUCCCUUCCCUGAGGAGGCUUCGCUUUCAUCCUCAGGUUGGCUGUGAGAAAUAUGGAAAAACAAGGUAUAAUGAGUAUUACAGACCUAUUCUGACCCACGGACCCUUUCUGCUAAUCAGAUCAUGACAUAUUUAAUAGGAUUAAAGGCAUUUAUUUUAAACAGUCUUACUCUAUCUUUGCUGUAUAUCUUGCUGUGUUAAAAUCACUUUACUGUCUAUUUUGCUGUAUUCAAACCUCCUGGUUUAAGAUCAGACCUAAAUCUGUCUCAGGUCAGCUCAUGUUCCACAAAGCUGGGAAAACACAAUCUAAGGCCUUAGCGGACAGGCUCUGUGAUAAGCAAUGAUGUUGUGCAGUGUCACAAAUUGUGUUUGUUUACCACUUGUUCUCCAUGCUUCCAUACUUUGGCUUGGCCUUUUGGACCCAAAUCCAAAUGGGGAGGAGAGAGGGUAGAAUUUUGAUCUCACUGCCCGCCACACUGCCAUUUGCGCUCUCCCUUGCUAUGGUGGCAAAGGAACAGGCCUCUUUUGCUGCCAAAAUAAUUUUUCCCCAGGAAACUGGACGGUGAGAGGACCCUGAGUCAACCACCAGGCAUCUUGUUGGGUUCGCCAAGCCAAAAGUUAGCUGUAGACACUUUCCACUCAGUCGAUUCCAAUGGCCUCUCCUCUGUGUUCCCAGGCCUUGUGCCUAUGCACUUCCCUCUGCUGCUAAGGAUAUGUCUGGGCCAGUUUUAGGGAUUUGGGGAAGAAGGCACAGAGUGAGUUAUUCUGACCCCCUGCUAUUUUCACAAAUCUGAGGUCUCAACUUUCAGUGGGAAUACACCUUCCCCCAUUUUAGUCCUGAGCAUGUUUGCACAAGGACACCCCGUCUGGCUUAACAUAAGAAGUGAUCAGUGGUGGCUGUUAGAAUUGGUAAGGUGGAAGGCAGGGAGACCAGCAGACUGAGGUUGGUGGGGCCAUGCCCUAUUUGCCCAAAUGAACCAGCCUCCACUGGGAGAGAUAGAUGAAGUCUGCAUUGCUCUUCAGUGUCAUUCAUAAACUGACCUACUGUACUUGUCUGAGGGACCAGCGCUCAAUACAAGAUGUGUUUGCCAUGCAGCACUUUCCAGAUCCAAUCCCUGAUCUGGAAAACAACUUAGGUAACAGAGUGGGAAAGUAUAAGGCAUUUUAACAUGUUGGGAUGUUAUCUUCUUCAUUGGCAUUGAUUAAAUAUGUGCUGCUUAGUGGUUAAUUUACAGUUAUGUGUUCAUUAUCUACGUCUUUUAUGGCUUUUUUUUUUUUAAGGUCAGCGCAGUGCUGGUGCUGGCGAUUGUUUUGCAGGUGGCUGGUGUUCCUAAAGCAGCUUUCAAAGCUGCGCACCAUGCCGACUCUUUUCCAAAGCAGCAACAUGUAAUUGUUUUCAGGUGUUGUUGGCCGAAAUAGGGAAUGCUGGAAUGAAUUCGUUUCUAGCAUCCAAUACAUUGAGAUCAUAGAUGGGCAUUUAUGAAAAUAUAUUCAUACCAAAAUGGUUUCUUGACAAUCUGCUUUGUGUUACUAAGUUGCUUCAGCACCAACUAGAUUGGCUUUUGCAAGGAAAACACAGAGUACCAAACUUCAAAAUAUGAAAGCUGGCAAAACUUUAAAUGUGCAGUCCAUUUGAAAUCCUUUUUUUUCCAUGCUUGGCAUUGAGAACGAAAGCAAACAGCCGUUUGUGGUCAUGGUUAUUAUACUUUAUUAUGUUUUCUUCAUAUAAGUGAUAGGGGGCUGCAGCAUUGGCAAAGCGUUCCUACCAGAGGGUUGGGGGACCUCUGACAUUGGAGGGUCUGAGAUAAGCUUAAGUCCUUCUUUGGGGCAUCUCAUGGGCAUCUGACUGGUCACUGCGAGUCUAGGAUGCUGGACUAGGUGGGCUUUAGGCCUGAUCUAGCAGGCUCCUUUAUGUACUUACCGUGUUUUUCCAUGUAUAAGGUGCACCCCAUGUAUAAGAGGACCCCUAGUUUUUUGAAGCCAAAAUUAAGAAAUCAAUAUUUUAAACAUCAAACAGAACAACUUUGAGCUUUUUGGGGGGUGGGGAGGAGGUCACACGAGCUUUUUUGAUGAAAGUUGGCCAAAGUUGUUGAACUUUGUUAGGGUUAAAGGUAAAGGUACCCCUGCCCGUACGGGCCAGUCUUGACAGACUCUAGGGUUGUGCGCUCAUCUCACUCUAGAGGCCGGGAGCCAGCGCUGUCCGCAGACACUUCCGGGUCACGUGGCCAGCGUGACGAAGCUGCUCCGGCGAACCGGCACCAGAGCAGCACACGGAACGCCGUUUACCUUCCCGCUAUAAAGCGGUACCUAUUUAUCUACUUGCACUUAAGGGUGCUUUCGAACUGCUAGGUGGGCAGGAGCUGGGACCGAACGACGGGAGCUCACCCCGACGCGGGGAUUCGAACCGCCGACCAUGCGAUCGGCAAGUCCUAGGCGCUGAGGUUUUACCCACAGCACCACCCGCGUCCCCUUGUUAGGGUUAGGGUUGCCAUAUUUCAAGAGCCCAAGCCCACGCCUAGGCUGCCAGAGCCCAGACUCGGACCCGAGCCUGAGCCUGAACCCCUGUGCAUUCACCAUCUGUAUUUAAGUCGACCCUCAAUUUUUUACUUUAAAAAAUUAGCAAAAAAACCAUUGUCUUAUACACAGAAAAAUAUAGUCUAUCGCAUGGGUAGGCAAACUAAGGCCCAGGGGCCGGAUCUGGCCCAAUCGCCUUCUAAAUCCAGCCCGCGGACGGUCCAGGAGUCAGUGUGUUUUUACAUGAGUAGAAUGUGUCCUUUUAUUUAAAAUGCAUCUCUGGGUUAUUUGUGGGGCAUAGGAAUUCGUUCAUAUUUUUUUUCAAAAUAUAGUCCGGCCCCCCACAAGGUCUGAGGGACUGGCCCACUGCUGAAAAAGUAUGCUGACCCCUGGUCUAUCCAAAGUCCUGCCUGGCAUCAGGAAACAGCGUAGCAAGGUGGGAGGAAUGCAAUUUCUGUCCUCAUUUUUUCCCCUUUCUGGAUUUUUUAAUUUAUGUAUGUAUGUAUAUUUCUCCACAACUAAUGAGUUCCUGCAGCUGCUCAGAGUGGCUGGGGCAACCCAGUCAGAUGGGCAGGGUACAAUUGUUGUUGUUGUUGUUGUUGUUGUUGUUGUUGUAGCAGAAGCCCUGGAAUGAUCACCUUAGCAUGAAUUCCUCCCGCAGUAUUAACCCUAUACAUGAAUUUUUUGCAAAACCUUCAGGCUGAAUCUUCAAAGAGGCAUUCCCUCUUUCUCAAACACAAUGUAAGCACUGCAUCGUUGUAAGGUCUAUUAAUUUAUUGUUAUUUGAUAAAAGUUCCUGAAAUACACUAGAUGCUAUACAAAAGUAAUACAAAGUUAAAAUGAGCAUUCCCUGCCCAAAGUCUGAGCUCACAAUCUAAAACACACACACACACACACACACACACACACACACACAAAUGGAAUAAGUGAAGAAACUGCAUUGGGUGCUUCCCAAUGGGGACCUUAUAUCACAAAGGCUUAGAUCCAAAUUUUCUGUGUGUGCUUUUGGCAAUAUUAACACACAUUUCUGUUUUUCCAUCCACACCACUGGAUGGAGUUUGAUAGGGUGCAACAUAAAAAAAUAAACAGACAAACUAGGAAGUGCAAAAGAGUGCAGACAUGUGUUUUACUUACUGCAUGUGCAUCAAAAUGUCAGCAACAGUAUAUUACUGAUAUUUUAUUUGGAGUGUUACAUUUAUACUAUGUUGUAGUGGAUUGUAGUUUUUAUAUAUUUCGCUGCUUGUGUCUUCUAAGAUUGCCCUAAUAAAAUGUUUACCUUUAAAUAUAGUAUAAUUCCCCCAUGGAUGGAGUUCUACCCCACUGGAGAAAGGUCAGAACCAUUGCUCCCAACUCUCUGGGGUAGCUUUUAUAGGGUGCAGGAACAGAAAUGGGGACUCAACCAAAGUCACCUCCCUCAUGAUCUUUUAUGGGAUUGACUUCCUUCCAUAAACAGGAGGGCAUAUUUGAAUCCAAGUCAGACACUGUAUGUAGCAAAAUUGAGCAUAGUAUGUUAGGGAAUAGUGAAAGGACAAAAACAAAAUAAUAAAAAUUACAUCACCAAGUUAUGUAGGGCAUCAGUUGCUUAAAUAAGUAGAUUCAAUAACACAGUAGAAGAGUUCAGAGAUUAUUUAAUAAGGCACAUUGUUUUUAUACUGGCUGAACUUCAGAAUUUGUGAAAAUUGUUACGGCCAAGGUUGUGCAGAAAAAUAAAAAUAAUGUAAACCAGAUGAAAACUCUGCGGCAAAAAAGGGGGAAUUGAAUUCUAAUCUGUUUUAUUAAACCUAAGUCUUUAUAAAUUUGAUUUUGAGUUUGAUGUUUGUUUCUCCUUAAUUAUAUAGUCACAUGUCAUUGUUCUUUUUAAACUUACAAUCAGUUUUAUUUACUUUUACUUUCUUCACAUCCAGAAAUCCUGCUUGGGGUUUCUUGGUUUCCCCCCAUAAAGAUUAUAUUUUUGGGCUGUGAUCCUUUACACACUUGUGAAUAAGUCCCAUUGAACUCACUGGGGCUUACUUCUGAGUAAACAUGUAUAGGAUUUCACUGUCAAUGUACUCUAAAUCUAUACAGAUAAGAGAGAGAGAGAGAGAGAGAGAGAGAGAGAGAACAUAUUUUUGUUUACCAGUAAGAGCUCUAAUUAAAUCAUCCAUCAGUAAUCGUGAAUCGUGGUUCAUAUAAUUCAAAUGCUGUUACCUUCUAGAGCAUUAUGACUGCCAGAACUUACUAUAUCAAACAGAUAAUAACCAAAUGAAACUUUGAGGGGGCACAACCAAGCGCCCCAACACAGGUGGGCAAGGAGUGAGUGCAUAUGCAGGGGCAGAUCUACUAUGAAAUUAAUGAAGUUUAAGUUUCAUGGCCCCCAAUCCAGGAGGAGCCCCAGAAGCAACUUUAGUUCACACAUUGCUUGAAAAUUUUGAGUCUCAUAGACCCACUUUGAGUGGCAUACCUCAAAUUGAUUAAUUAUUUGUUGCAUACAUUUCAACAAUCCCAAAAUUUGACAGUCAGUAGCACAGAUGUAUGAGACAUAUAUAAGAGACAUCACCUUGCCAACAAAGGUCCGUAUAGUUAAAGCUAUGGUUUUCCCAGUAGUGAUGUAUGGAAGUGAGAGCUGGACCAUAAAGAAGGCUGAUCACCGAAGAAUUGAUGCUUUUGAAUUAUGGUGCUGGAGGAGACUCUUGAGAGUCCCAUGGACUGCAAGAAGAUCAAAUCUCUCCAUUCUUCAGGAAAUCAGCCCUGAGUGCUCACUGGAAGGACAGAUCCUGAAGCUGAGGCUCCAAUACUUUGGCCACCUCAUGAGAAGAGAAGACUCCCUGGAAAAGACCCUGAUGCUGGGAAAGAUGGAGGGCACAAGGAGAAGGGGACGACAGAGGAUGAGAUGGUUGGAUAGUGUUCUCGAAGCUACCAGCAUGAGUUUUACCAAACUGCGGGAGGCAGUGGAAGACAGGAGUGCCUGGCGUGCUCUGGUCCAUGGGGUCACAAAGAAUCGGACACGACUAAACGACUAAACAACAACAACAACAACAAGCACAGAUGUUAUAAAGAUAUGCUGAUCUGUCACGGAACAACCCCACUGAAGAAGAUAACAGUGGCUACCCAGCUCUCAUUGUGGGCUGCAAAGGGACUCCCACGACCGUUCAAACUUCAAGGCCCCCAAAAUGUAGGUCCGCUAUUGACCCAAUGUUUCCAAAAGAAAUGCCUGCAUGCGCGGGGGGGGGUGUAUAUAAUGAAAGCUAAAACGCUAGAAGUUGCACCCCCUCACAUUCCACCACCAUGAAAUCAUGGAACUGAAAAGGAAUUUCUGAAGUCCCAUAUUGAAUUCUUCUUGACACCUGGCAUCCCUAGAGCCAGCCUUGCAGCCUUUGUAAAAGAUACUUGAGAAAGCAUCCUUUUUAAUAUUACAUCACCUGGUUUGCUCAUCUGAUUAAUCCUAGCAGGGUUAUUCUUUUACUGGCUCUUGUCUGAAAGCACCUUAAGAAAAGUGACUUGAGAACUUUGGGUCCUUCUGAACCCUGAAGAAUCUUGCAGUGGUAUUAGUUAAGUAGAGUUCUGUUACAGAGCUUCCGACAGGCGCUCCACACUGGAUUUAGCAGGAUAUUAAUGUCGUAUUAUCUAGUAGCUUUUAGUAUGUUGCCAUAAUAACAUGGAGCAUUUACUCCAUAGCUGGCUCAAACACCAAUAUAAGUAACGCCUGUAGAGAGGAACUGUGCCAUUCAGGUGAGUUACACAGUUGCUUCCCACACUGGCAAGUCCCCAAAAGUGAUGGAGAUGGCAUGAGAAAGAACCUCAUCAUUUACCUGACAGAAGCCACAUUCAGUUAAAGCACUGCGAUACCACUUCAGACAGUCCAUGGCUCCCCACAAGAAUUCUUGGAGCUGUAGUUUCCCUCCCAGAGUGCAAGGCACAUCUUAAGGCCAAGGCAGGCUGAUAUGGGAGCAGGUGGUUCUUUAUCCAAUAUUAUUUAGGGCUUUUAAGGUCCAAACUUUCACUUGCAACUGAAGCAGGAGACAAAUGGGUAAGUAGUGAAGGUGGAACGAGAUCAGAGUUACACAUUCCCCUGUCACAGGCAGUCUUCUUUCCUUUCUUCUUUGCGAUCAGUCGUAGCCGAGUAAGAUUGUCUUCCAUGAACACAGUCUUGGCAGUGAGUCCGUAAGUGAUUGUGGAGGCCAAUUCUGGAUCCACACAUUCUUCCACAGUGGGGACAUAGGUUUCCAGGAGGGAUUUGAUCAUGGUGAGGGUUUGCCAAAUGUGCCUUCCUCUUAGCUCGCUCGGCCUGAAGCGAGAUGAGCACCGCACCCCAUUGUCGCCUUUGACUGGACUUAACCAUCCAGGGGUCCUUUACCUUUGCCAGAGGCAGUAUGCCUCUGCAUACCAGUUGCUGGAAAUCUCAGGUGAGGAGAGUGCCGUUGUGCCCAGGUCCUACAUUCGAGCUUCCCAUAGGUAUCUGGUUGGCAACGUGGUGCUGUACCAAAUGAGCCAUUGGCCUGAACUAGUAGGUUCUUCUUAACUUUCGUACGGAUGCCAUAGACAUUAUCAGUCCUUCAGGUGUGACCUUCUCUGCACAGGGAAUAAAUAUUACCUGUGCUUUGUGCUGUGGCUAGCAUAUUUCUGAUCCUAAAUCACUAAUUAGCCUAGGUAUCCAGAGGGCUACAGAAGCCCUGGUUUAACAAGCACUAAUCAUAGAUGAAGGAAAAGCUUGAGAGCCAUAUGUUUUCAUCAUUCUUCACCCAAGUGCAAUGAGGGGCGGACUUUGGAAAUCUUUCGUAAUAUGGCACCCCUGUGCAAGGCCAAAAUUUGGUGCCCCCAAAUGGAUCUUCUCAAUUUUGUGCCCCUUUAACUCACCGCGCUGUGCAGGAGAACCGCCUGCACUGCCCUAAAUCCAGGACUGGCGCAAUAUCCUUGUGAAGAAUAUGAAAGGACUGGAGGUAAAUUGGGUCAUGCCCUAUGAUAUUACCCAUUCUGUGAAUGCUCAGAGAUCCAAGACAAGAAUGUAGUUUCUCUAUAGUGGAGCUUUUAGAAACAUCUCACAGCAACAUCGCAAAUAAGUGGUGCUAGACUGCUAACUUACUCAGAGAUGUGACCUUUUUGUCUAAGUAACCUGUGGAGAAGUUGAGUCCAAUUUCUUCUAUGGACACUUGUGUGAAGUGCUGGCAAAUUGGAAUGACAAGCACCAUUCUUGAACUGCAUUUGUGGUCAUUGCAUUAUUGGGAGUUGCAUACAUCUCUUGUGGUGGCUAAUGGCUUGGCCUCUGUAUUCCCCCACCCUUAGAUGCUCUUUGUAAGUGAUUUUACACCAAGUUGGUUAUGGUACUUUAAUGCACAAUUUUUCAAGACAUGUUUUUUCAAGACAUACUUUAGUUCAUUGGCAAGAAAACCUUUCAGCAUUAAAUCAAGAAGCACUUUGAAGGAAAUUUUAUUUUGGUAUAAUGUUCCUCAGACCACCCCAAAGGUUAGAUCCCCACCCCCGUAACCAGGUCACAAAAGGGACAUGGAACCUUCUUCUUUUUUCAGUGAGCACUCAACACGGUAUACAUUUGGACUACCUUUUAAGUCUAUUGGUGAGCUAUUGAUUUUUAACUGUAUAUCUUUCCCCAUGCAAAUUGUGUGUGUCUUUAUGGGUAUUUCAAAAACAAAUGAAAUAAACUGGUUCAUUAAAGCCAACAAACUAAGCCUGAUGAGGGACGGUUGAAGGAGCUGGGUAUGUUUAAUCUGGGAAAGAGGAGUCUGAGAAUAGAUAUGAUAGCCCUCUUCAAAUAUCUAAAGGGUUCUUACGUGGAAGAUGGCGCAAGCUCACUUCCUUCUGAAAAUUCCCAGAGGGAUUUUCCCAAAUAAAUGGCUUCAAGUUACAAGGAAGGAGAUUCCAACUAAACAUCCGGAAUGACUUUCUGACAGUAAGAGCUGUUUGUCAGUGGAAUGAACUUCCUUCAUUGGAAGUUUUUAAGCAGAAGUUGGGUGGCUAUCUGUCAUGGAUGCUUUAGUUGAGAGUCCUGCAUUGCAGGGGAUUGAACUAGAGGACACUUGGGAUACCGUCCAACUCUGCAGUUCUAUGAUUCUAUAAAACUGGAAUUCUACUGAGCAAAGUGUUGAAAGUGCUUCAUGUACAAGGCUGCAGAAAGAGAAAAGAGGGGAUGAGUUAAUAAAUUACUGACGGUAAAUUUGCUUUUUAUGUAAACUGUAUUACUUUUAUUGUUGUUAGCCGCUCUGAGCCCGGCUUCGGCUGAGGAGGGCAGGAUAUAAAUAAAAUUUUAUUAUUAUUUAUUUAUUAUUAUUAUUAUUAUUAUUAUUAUUAUUAUUAUUAUUUUAUUAGAGAGUCCAGGUUUCAAAAAAAACAACUUUCAGUGAAAACUUUGACAAAUAUUUCUUCUCUAUCCCCCCUCACCCACACCCAAGUAGCAUUUUUCUAAUUAGCACACUGAGGUAAGAGAUCCAGUGGUCGUUUUUGUUGCUAGGAGAACAUAUAAUGCUUACUUAUACUAAGGUAAAGGUAAAGGACCUCUGGACAGUUAAGUCCAGUCAAAGGGGACUCUGGGGUUGCGGCGCUCAUCUCGCUUUCAGGCCGAGGGAGCCGGCAUUUGUCCACAGACAGCUUUCUGGAUCAUGCGACCAGCAUGACUAAACCGCUUCUGGCGCAACGGGACACAGUGACAGAAGCCAGAGUGGAAGCCGUUUACCUUCCCACUGCAAUGGUACCUAUUUAACUACUUGCAUUGGUAUGCUUUCAAACUGCUAGGUUGACAGGAGCUGGGACAGAGCAAUGGGAGUUCACCCCGUUGCAGGGAUUCAAACCGCCAACCUUCUGAUCAGCAAGCAGUGCCACCCAUGUCCCCUUACUUAUACUAAGCCCUUUUAGCUCAGUAUUGUCUACACUAACUGGCAGCAGCUUUCCAGGAUUUCAGACCAGAAUUCCCAGCCCUACUUGGAGAUGGCCGGGAUUUGAACCUGGGACUUUCUGCAUGCAAAGCAGAUGCUCUUCCCUGAGCUAUGACCUUUCCUCAAGAAUGCUUAGCUUUCAAGGCUCAGGCAGACAUCAGAGGGGAAAUUAUAUUGGGUAGCAGCAGGGAUACAGACUGUGAUAAUUACAUUAAAUUCACAAAGCAGUGUGAAUUUGGCCUUCAUAAGCUAACCAGCACCUGCAAUGAGUUAAAAUAAAACCCUUUCUGUUGACACAAGUCCCAAGUACAGGAGUUGAACUUAACGAUGCUGCAAUUCUGUAGCUUUAGCUUAGAGUCUCCUCUUGAAGGUCCUUUGUUCAAGAAUGACCACUUUAUGGUCAGCAACAGAGUGGGAAAUUAUCUUUCAGACUGGGGUCCUGAGGAAAAUGCUUGACCAAUGUGAGAAGCAGCUACUGACAGUUUGAAUGAAUGAAGGCCCCAUCUGCACAAUACAUUUAAAAGUGUAUCAUCCCAAAUUAAACCAGUCAUGGCUUCCCCUCCAAGAAUCUGGGAGACCAUAGUUCUUUAAGAGUGCUAAGAGUUGCUGGGAGACUGUGGGUUAAACCACAGAGCCUAGGACUUGCCGAUCAGAAGGUCGGCGGUUCGAAUCCCCGCGAUAGGGUGAGCUCCCGUUGCUUGGUCCCUGCUCCUGCCAACCUAGCGGUUUGAAAGCACAUCAAAGUGCAAGUAGAUAAAUAGGUACCACUCUGGCAGGAAGGUAAACGGCGUUUCUGUGCACUGUUCUGGUUCGCCAGAAGCGGUUUAGUCAUGCUGGCCACAUGACCCGGAAGCUGUAUGCAGGCUCCCUUGGCCAAUAAAGCGAGAUGAGCGCCGCAACCCCAGAGUCGGCCACGACUGGACCUAAUGGUCAGGGGUCCCUUUACCUUAUAUUUCCCAGAGUAGUUUCACAGUCAAACCCUCUUCCCUGGAAACUCUGGGAAUUGUAGCUCUCCAGGGAGAGAAGGGGUCUUCUGCUAACUCUCAGCACCUUUAACAAGCAAUAGUUCCCAGGAUGUCUAUGAGGAAGCCAUGCCUAAAGUUAUUUGAUGCUGCUUUAAAUAUCUAGUGUAGAUGGAGCCAGAGAGAGAGGUGACAUUGGGGGGCAGUCAUUAGGAGUUUUGCAGCACAUUGUGAUCAAUAUGUUGAUGGUGUUAUAAGAAUUCUAAGGUCUCAAAUAUAAAUUAAAUGUUCAUAAGUGUACAAGGUAAACACAUACAUAAGUAUACAAACCAUGUGUCUGAAAUAGUACAGGAGAGCAAUCCUGAAGCCAUUUUGACUCUCUCAAAUUCUCCUCAGAUAUUUCUCUGCAAGGAGAGAGGAAAUGGGAAAGCCUCCCCAUUGUCUUCUUUGCUUACAAAUCCUGUCUUAAGGGCUUAUUUGUGUAUGAAUAGGGUGAGCCUGUGACCUGGAUUCAGGAACUAAAGUAUUAACCAUCACAAGAAUGGCCAGGCUGCCCAGGUAAUGCAAUCAGUGACCAUUAUCAGGUAUCCUGGCAGACAGGCUUUCUGCUGUAGACCACCUCCUGUGAUGUAUGUAUGAUGUUUUAGUGGGGUGGUCUUGGGCUGCAGGGUGGGCAGUUUCAAAAGUCUAUAUAAUGUGCACCAUUGUUCAGGGUUCUCCUCCCUCCUGCACGUGGUGAGUGGGGACCCUGUUGCAACAGUUUGAUAAAAAUCAGGCUUACUAGCCGCUUUGCUUCUCAGUAUACCCUGGUUGGCCUCUGUUACUUUCUCCUACCAAUAGGAAACCCACUUAAGGACUCUAUAUGGGCUCCUGGAUACCCCAUAAGGGAAAAGGAGCAGUUUUUUCUUAAAACGGUUGCACAUAAAUCUGUUUGUCUAUAACAUCUGAAUCGGGAGAGGCUGUCCAAGCCCUGGAUGAGGGCCUGAAUGCAGUGGCGGACAGGACGAGGGCCAAUAAACUGAGUCUGAAUGGUGGGAAGAUGGAGGUUUUAUGGGUAGGCGGUGGACCCCGUCCGGAAAAUAGAACAAUUGCUUGUUUUGGAUGGAGUUGCAUUCCCACUCAAAGAUCCGGUACAUAGAUCAGGUACAUAGAUCUGUGUUUCAUUUUGACUGUGGUUUUUUCUUUUUCUUUUUCUUUUUUUAAUAAAUAUUUAUUAAAGUUUUCACAAUAUUACAUAAUGAAAAAGAAAAAAGAAAAAAAGACAAAAAGACAAAAUAAAAAACAGUUAAAAACAAUUCCAUCUUUUUGUCACUUAUCUUUCAUUUGCUUGUUUCCCGGACCUCCUCAUACCUCCCUUUUUUGUAUUCCAGUUCAAUUUAUUAGUUCAGCAAUUCCUUUCCCUCCUUAUUUUAUCCUGAUCCUUAAUCUUAAUAUAUUAUAGCAUUAAAUUUUUACCUGUUAAAAUUGACUGUGGUUUUUUCUGCCAUCCAUGAGUUAUGAAGCACUUAAAGAAAAUAUGAUCUAAUCUAUUACCCCUCAUUUUUCUCUAUGCAUAUCCUCAGCGAUGUCUCCCAGACAGGUAUCACCACUCUUCCAGCAAGAGGACUGGAAAACCUUAAAGAACUGAUGGCUAAAAAUACCUGGGCCCUAAAGAAAUUCCCCCCUAUACAGACUUUUCCUUAUCUUGCUAAUGCUGAGCUGUCAUACCAAAGUCACUGCUGUGCUUUCAAGAACUGGAAGAAAGCCAAGGGGUAAGUCUUAACAAUUUAAAUUAAAUUAUAAAACCAUCUGGGGCAACGGUGUCUCCUUUCUCAUGAACAUGCCCGGCCACUGAGAUAAUUUUCCAAGGUCCAUCUUCAGCUGUGCCCCACUUUCAUAAGGCAGGUGACUUCUAGAGAAAGGGCCUUUUCUGGGGUGGCACCCAAAUUCUGGAAUUCCUUCUCCAAGGACUCUGCACUCUGCUGAUCAUCAUUUAGGUGCCAGGCCAAAUCCAUUCUAUUCACCCUAGCUUUUAAUUAUUAAUACUAUUAUUAAUUAAAUUUCUAUACUGCCCUUCAUCCAAAGAUCACAGGGCAGUUUACAAUAUAAAAACACAAAAAUUACAUACUGUAAUAACAAACAAAAACAAUAACCCUCUCACACACAGUUUAAAAGGCCAAAGAUCAGAGUUGUCCAAACUUUUUUCAAAGAGGGCCAGAUUUGAUGAAGUGAACAUGUGUGAGGGCCGACCAAAGAGUUAUUGAGCUUUUUUUUAGGAUUGAAGAUGCUGAGAUUUUUUUAGGAUUUUACCCCAGGACAUAUACUGCCACAGGGGCCGAAUUAGGCCCCCGAAAUGGACUUUGGACAUGGACUUGGGAGAAGAGGAGUAUUUUUACCUAGUGUCGAAAGAUAUGCAAUGAAGGCACCAGGCGAGUCUCCCUGAGGAGAGACAAUUCCACAAGUGGGGAGCCACCACAGAAAAACCAUCAGUAUUCCUUUAUUGCUUUUGUUUUGUUUUGUUGGGUUUUAUCCUGAAUUCUGGCUCUAUUUCAAAAUUAUUAGAACUAGGAUUUCCACCCAUGCAUCCACCUACUGAUUUGUAAUGUCUAAUAUAAGCAGCCUUGUAGACUUCUCAUUGUAGGAAGACACUGUGGACAUUCCUUUUAAUAAACGUAAUUGAAUAAUAGUAUAGCACCAUGGCAGGAAAAUUAGAUAAUACAUAAUAGCAUGUUUAAUGUGAAAUGCUAUUCAAUUAUGUAUGUGUCAUAUUUAGAGAAGGUCUCAGGUAGUAGUUCCAAAAUCCCUUGAAUAAUAUAUUUCUUAUGCCUAGAAUACAAUGAAUAGCUUCCCAUCACCUCAGUUGCUGGGCUCAACAUGAACUAAAUACCUUAGUGACAAUUCUUCUUCUCCUCUGUCCUUUUAGACUGCUGGAGUCACUGUUCUGCAACCAUACUAAUACUCACAACAUCCGCAAGAGAAGAUCUGCCACUGCCUUCAGGGGCCCCUUUUACCAAGACUACGCAGAAGAUUAUUCAGACCUCACCGAGGCUGUGUAUGACGAGAACUCCAAAUUCAGUAGAGAUGUUCGUGGGAAUUCUCAUUACUUUGUCUUUCUUGAAGAGCACGACAACAAAGAGGUUGGGUUUGGCCAGGAGCUCAAGAACCCUCAAGAGGAGAGCAUGCCAACAUUUGACAGCCAUUAUGACUACAUUAUCUGUGCAGGCACAGACGACAUCAGCUGCACGCCAGGACCUGACGAGUUCAACCCUUGCGAAGACAUCAUGGGCUACAAGUUUCUAAGGGUCGUGGUGUGGUUUGUGAACCUGCUAGCCAUUGUGGGCAAUGUUUUUGUUCUCUUCAUUCUCCUCACCAGCCAUUACAAGUUGACCGUCCCACGAUUCCUGAUGUGCAACUUGGCCUUUGCUGAUUUCUGUAUGGGAUUAUACCUUCUCCUGAUUGCUUCGGUGGAUCUUUACACUCGAUCAGAAUACUACAACCAUGCUAUCGACUGGCAGACUGGGCCCGGCUGCAACACAGCGGGCUUCUUCACUGUCUUUGCUAGUGAGUUGUCUGUCUUCACCUUGACCGCAAUCACCCUGGAACGCUGGUAUGCCAUCACCUUUGCGAUGCGCUUGGACAAGAAAAUCCGUCUCUUGCAUGCUUCUGUUAUCAUGUUGGGGGGCUGGCUGGUGUGUUUCCUUCUUGCCCUUCUACCACUGGUUGGAGUCAGCAGCUACGGCAAAGUCAGUAUCUGCCUUCCCAUGGAUACCGAAACGCCCUUGGGUCAAGCCUACGUCGUCAUUGUUUUGAUGCUGAACAUCAUUGCUUUCAUCGUCAUUUGUGCCUGCUACAUAAAGAUCUAUAUCACUGUGCGGAAUCCCCAGUACAAAUCAGGAGACAAGGACACCAUCAUUGCCAAAAGGAUGGCCGUGCUGAUUUUUACUGACUUCUUAUGUGUGGCACCAAUCUCAUUCUAUGCUUUAUCUGCUAUUAUGAACAAACCUCUAAUAACAGUCAGCAACUCAAAAAUCCUGCUGGUCCUGUUCUAUCCACUGAACUCUUGUGCCAACCCGUUCCUGUAUGCUAUCUUUACCAAAGCUUUCCGAAGGGAUGUCUUCAUCUUGCUCAGCAAGUUUGGAUUAUGUGAGCACCAGGCUCAAGUCUACAGGGGUCAAACAGUCUCCCCCAAGAACAGCAGCGGCUCUUGCAGCCAGAAGGGCAACAGGGGGAUGGGCCAGAAUCUCACAAACCUUCCUCAUGGCUCACCUGAAGACUACCAUCCUGCAAUACUGCUGCAGUCUCGGGGAACCCUUGCUUAA